GCGCGAAUCCAUGUAGGAAAUGGUGUUGAUUCACAAGAAUUGCAGUAAAACCAAGAAUUUUUCCAUUUCUUCGUGUAGUCAAAUUCUACCAGAAUGGAAAUAAUUAUUAAGUGUGUUUAUUAGAAAGUCAUCAAGAUGAGUUUUAUGAAAAAACUGAUAGGGACCAAGGGUUCCUCAGACCCAAAUAAAUCAAACACCCCAGAUAAUUCAUUGGGUCUUAUGCACUUGAGGAAAUUGUUUGCUGAAUUCCGGCAUCCUUCAGCCAAAGCAACACAAAAAGAUCAAGAAGACAAAUUGUAUAAUAUGCUGCCAUUAUUUUGUAAGGUUUUUGAAAAUGCACCCUCAAGUGACAUGACAGAGAAGUGGGGGGAUAUUCUUCAAUUUUGUAGUCAUGUCUCAAAACUGAUGGUUACAGAAAUAAGGCGGAGAGCUUCAAAUCAGUCAACAGAAGCUGCUAGUUGUGCCAUUGUAAAAUUUCUAGAGAUAGAAUCUAAUAGUCAAACUAGCAAUGGCUGGAGUUUGUUGAGUGCCCUUAAUCUGCUGUCAUUGGGAAGACAAGCACUUAUAGAUUGCAUGACAGCUGCUUCCUUGCCAUCAACUUUAGUCAAAUGUUUGUAUUUAUUCUUUGAUUUACCUCCACUAGAGAAUCCUGAUGACAGAUCAGAAGGAAGUGAUUUUAGUCACAAAGAGAAACGAGUUUUACUACAGAGAAUAUUUGUUCAGGUUCUAGUGAGGUUGAUGAACCAUUCCUCUCCAGCAGAGGAACUGGCAAGGAAAGAUGAUUUAAGUUUAUUAUUUAGUGCUAUAACAAGUUGGUGCCCAGCUGAUAAUGUGAUGUGGAGAAAGAGUGCUGGAGAAGUAUUAGUUACAUUAUCAAGACAUGGUCUUACUACUAACGUUGUCAAAUAUAUUCAUGAAAAAGGUUGUGUGAGACACUGUACAGAAAAUAUGCAGAGGGUUCAAGAACUGUCUCCUUUAGAGCUAGUUGAAAUGUUUGUCACAGUAUUUUGCUUCCUGAAGGAUUCCAGUGAAGUAUCACAAACACUGAUAGAUGAUUUUAAAUCUUGUCUUGGAUAUGUUUUCUUAUCAGAAUUUCUUCUCAAAUUAGAACUAAAUGAAGAAGAGGAAGCAGAACAAGCAUUAAGAAAUUUAGUAUUAUUGGUAGGCUCAUUGACAACAUGUGGUUUUGGUGAACUUAAACCCAAUGCUAGUAGUACUGGUUCAUUAUUCCAAAUGCCUGGAUUUUGCAUUCCCCAACCUGCUGGUAAAGGUGUCAGUGUUAGGAAUAUUCAUGCUUUUCAAGUUCUUCAAUCUGUCUUCUUAAAGGCUUCUACAAGUCACCUGUGUAGUACUAUAUUAGAUGUUAUUAGUAGUAUAUAUCACCAAGACAACGCUAACUAUUUUAUCUUAGAAUCCCAGCAUACAUUAUCAACAUUUAUAGAAAAAGCUCAUUUAAAACCAGCAGAUAUACAGAGCAAGUUGUUUGAACUGAUAGAAUUUAUAGUUAUCAACUUGAACUUUGUCCCAUGUAAAGAAUUAAUUAGCUUAAGUAUUCUUAUUAAAUCUCAACAUUCCAUAUCGUGUAGUAUAUUAUGUAUGAAGACAUUGCUGCAUAUAUUAAGAUACCAUAGUGUCUAUCGUGAUGUUUUCCGUGAAGUGGGAAUGUUAGAAGUUAUGGUGACUUGUAUGCAUAGAUAUGCCGCUUUACUGAAAGAUCCACAGUCAGAAUCAGAAACUGAAAAUAUUAGUCAAGAACAACAAGAAUUGGGUCAUUUAGUAAUGGAAGCCCUGGCAUUGUUAUUGAGUGGCAAUAGUAGUAAUGCAGGUGUUUUUCGCGAGUGUGGUGGAGCAAGAUGUGCUCAUAAUAUGGUACCAUUUGUUGACUGUCGUCAGAUGGCAUUAAAUAUAGUACAACAGUUAGUAUUAUCACCUGGUGGAGAUGAUGAUAUGGGAACGUUAUUAGGUUUAAUGCCAACAGCUACAGUAACAGAUCUAGAAUUGAAAACACACAUUUUAAAGUCUCUAUUGAAUGUAUUAAGAGAAAGUCACAGAACAAGAACAGUGUUUCGUAAAGUUGGCGGCUUUGUGUAUGUUAUGUCAGUUCUCGUUUCUAUGGAAGGUUGUCUAGCUGAUACACCUAAAAGUCCUUGGGAUAAAGUACCAAGAAAGGAUAUUCUACAAAUGUUGAGAACAGUAUUUAGUACUUUAACAGUAGCAAUGAGAUAUGAACCAGCUAAUGCUAAAUUUUUUGCUUCAGAGGUACGAUAUGAUAGUUUAACAGAAGCUGUAAGGUUAUUAGGAUGUUUUUCAAGUUCUAUUGAUAUACAGACAGACCCUGAAGCUGCCACACCAAGUGAAAAUGUUGAUUUAUUUCAGCAGUUAUUCCUACAAUCAAAGGAAGACAAAAUUCAAAAACCCAUUCCAGUAAUUUUGAUGUCUGCCUGUCAAAUGUUUCGAUAUCUUUAUGAUAUGGCUCUUGAUGCUUUUGACAGGCCCUCGUGUAAUUAUGCUAAAGUUGACUCUCCACUAUUGAAAAAACAUAUGUCUGUGAUAGAAGAAUCUUCAACCAAUCAAAUAUUAGUAAAACCAAAGAGAGGUAGUACAGGAAGUAUGGGGUUAAAUCUAAGUGGUAUUUCGGAUCCUGUUAUUGUACAUGCUGGUGCCAUUUUAUCCAUAUUUCAUCUAUUACCAGCUCUAGAACAUGAUGUUAAAAAACUGGAAGCAUUAAAUUUAAAAUAUUGUGUAUCUGAUAUAUUGAGAUCUUUACUACGAAUUGAACGCAAUCAACAGAUAAUGUGUGAUGCAGGUUUUCCACAUGAAUUAUUGAGUCACGGUAGUGUAGCAUUAGCAGAUGAAUCAUUUCCAUUACAUCCACCAUUACAGUUUAUGUUUGAAAGACUGGCCUCACAAUCACUUACUCCACGAGACUUAAGAGAUUUUUUAAGGUUGGGUUCGCCAUUAAGUUGUAGACCUGUAGAAGAUUUCCAGGCAGGAGCAGCUCAUGGAACAUGGAAUGAUCCAGAUCUUAUUUCAACAUCAGUUGGCAUUGAAGAAAAAACAUCAACUAUGGAAAUAGAGAAGAAAUUGAAGUCUGCUGGAGGAACUGUUCCACUAACAAGAGUAAAGUGUCUUGUAUCCAUGACAACACCAAGGGAUGCUAGAAUGCACGGAGCAGCAGUGACGCCAGCAUUUGUAGAGUUUGAUAUGAGUGCUGAAGGUUUUGCUUGUUUAUAUUUACCUAGUGUGGCACCUCAAGGUCCCCCUACUCCAUCUGUUGUCGGGGGUGUUGUAGGAACAUCAGAUCCUGUUGUAUAUGGUGGUGUAGGAACAGGGGAGAGAGUAUUUCCACCACCAUCUGGUCUCACCUAUUCGUCAUGGUUCUGUGUAGAUAAAUUCAGUAAUGCUGCUUUAGAUGCUCACCCUGUUCGUCUAUUGACAGUUGUUCGUAAUAUACAGGGUAGAGACGAGAAUCUCAUCUGUUUAAGUGUAUAUCUUACUUCUAAAGACAAUGCUCUAAUAGUCUCCACUCAGGAAACUUACAUGCCUAGCUCAGUAAGUGGAACUGAACAAGAACAAGAACCUGUGUUAAAUGAUAAUACAGUUCGUUUCUGGUAUCCUGAAUUAACCCAGGAGGGUCAGUGGCAUCAUCUAGUUAUAGUCUUUCAUAGAGCUGGUAUUAUGAAGAAUAGUAAUGUUAGCUUAUUUGUUGACGGGGAACACAUCAAUACUCAAAAGUUGCAUUAUAUGUCACCUAAUCUUGGUGGUGGAGGAACAGCUAGCCCGACUGCCUUUACCUCAGUAUUUUGUUAUAUUGGUACACCACCACAGUUACGCCGUCAAUCACGGGUAACAUGGCGGCAGGGACCAUGCCAUUUAUUGGAGGAUAUUGUCUCUACUAAUACCAUACAGAACAUAUAUAAUCUAGGUCCUACAUAUAUAGGAAGCUUCCAAGCUGCUCUCAUGGAGAGCAAUGAAGUCUCAAACCCAUUUAUUGCGGAAGAGAAAGUGAUGUUUGGGGUACAUGCUCACGCUCUGUCACAAAUGACAGUUGCAAAAAUCAGAAAAGUUUACAAUAAAGUUGAUAGCAAAUCCAUUGCCAAACAGCUUGCCAUGUCAGCACAUGAAAAUGCUACACCAAUAAGAUUAUUACAUAAUUCAGCUGGUCAUCUUGCUGGACCUGCUAGAAGUCUUGGUGCAAUAUUAAUGGGGUAUUUAGGUGUACGUACGUUUUGUCCACGACCUGUUGCUAAAAUGUUAGAUAAUGUUGGAGGUACAGCAGCUGUUUUAGGUUUAAUAGCUAUGGCUAAAGAUGUAGAAGGUUUAUAUGCUGCUGUAAAAACAUUAGUAUGUGUUGUUAAUAGUAGUCGAUCUGCUAGAUGGGAUAUGGAUAGAAUACGAGGCUAUCAGAUGCUUGCCAUGUUAUACAAGAAGAAACGUAAUUUAUUAAACAGUCAUAUUUUACAUUUGACAUUCUCGUUGGUCGGUACAUUAGAUAGUGGUAGAGAAUCAGCUAUGAUACCUAAUAGGGUAGCAUUUGAAGAUCUACUCUGUGAUUUAGAGGUAUGGCAUGAAGCCCCUGGAGAUCUGCAGAAGUCUUUAUAUGAACAUUUCAAUGAAUUACUUACUGAUUCAGCUGAUGCUAAAGCUAACAGUAUGAUGAUGAGAGAUAUAGGUCUUGUGUCAGGUUUACUUCAUGUUUUAAAAGAUGUUAAUUUAUCUGUUCACACAACACGUACUAUAUGUAAUGUUAUAGGUGAAUUACUACUAAGUACACCAGAUCAUCAGUCCUUACUCCGGUUUGGGCAGUUUUUAGUAUCAACUAUUCCACCACUAUCAACAAACGAAAAAGAUGUGGACUUGCAUCAAGACAAAACUCCAGACAAUGCUGAAGAAAUGAGUAUAAUACAGAACGUGAAACUAAGAAACACUCUACUAGAAGUGACAUUGAGACUGAUAUUAUUACCAGGCUCUAAUAAUCUUAAUCAACAAAUGUGUGAAGAUAUACAGAAAACUCUAGGAUUUGAUUGGUUGAUGUUAUUUAUGCAAGAGAAUUUACAUCAGAGUACAGUGGUGUUAGCUUUACGAACUCUAAUCACCAUGUUCCGUAAUGCUAAUAAUAUACAAAGAUUCCGUGAAGGGAGUUUUGGGGGAGGAUGGUUAGGAGACACCGAAAAUGUUUUCAAAAACCAAAUGGCAGCCAUGCUUGGUUUUAACCUUGGAGCAUCUGCUAAAGGCCAUGAUAGAGAGGCUAAUACAGAAGUAAGCCAUAUACCUGGAUUUCAAGUAUUACAGUGGACUCUACCGAAACAUAAUGACAUAGCUGCUGUAUAUUUUCUCUUAAUGGCAUUAUUAUUAGGACAGCACGGUAAAGAUUUACCUACAGAUGUUGAGUUAAGUCUCGAUGCUGUAUGGACAGUUAUAUUUGGUGUACCAGCAAGUAAACCUGUAUCUCUAUUAGCUAAAGAAAGAGUAGAGUUAUGUUCAGAUGCUGCUAUAGUUAUUUUGUCUAUGAUCAGAAACGCAGUAAAUGAGGACAUUAAUAAUGAAAGAUCGAAGGAGUAUCCUGUCAUACUAUUACAAUUUCUGCUAUUUUUAUAUCAUAACCAAGCUGAAUUUCUUACAUUAUGUACAACAUCUGAUUUUAUCAUGGCAUUAACAGCAACAUUAUUUCCUCAUCCUGCACCAGAUAUAGACAGUGAUAUUACUACACCUAUAGAGGAAUUUAAGCCUUUUCCCGAUUCUGAUUCGAUUGUUAUUGUGAAGCCACCAGAUACACGUGUCGACAGUAUACUGCAUGGUCAUUCAGCUCGUAAAUUCAUCAUAGAUUUCCUGAGAACAAUUGUAAUUGACAGUUUCUCGACAAAAUCUACAACAGUUAUUGAUUUAAUGUUAGAUGGUUACCCAGAACAUGCCAGUAGAGCACAACAGAAACAAUUUCAGACAGAAAUGUUAAAGAUAUUAAUGGAACAUCUAUUAGCUGCAGAUGUAUUGUUAGGUGAUCAAGCAGCAUUACCUAUUACUGGAAAUAGCUACAGUAAUAUGGCUAAUAAUGUCUUCUACUUUGCUAGUAGAGUUGUUGAUAAAUUGUGGCAAGGUGUAUUUACUAGAGAGGCAAAAGAAGUAUUUGAUUUUGUCAGUAAAUUAAUUUCACAGAGUAAAAGAAAAUCAUCUGGAGUGUCAUUGGAUCCUAUAUAUAAGUGUUUAAACAGAACUAUAUUGUUUCAACUAUCACGACCCAUUGAUAGUGUAGCUAGUCAGACAGGUGUACUUGAUUCACUACAUAAACUAACCAGUAACAGAAGUCUAGUCUUUGGACCAGGAAAUUAUGAUCAGGAAUUUCUAGGUUGUCUAUGUUAUUGUUUACUUCAACUAACAGAGGAUCCUGAAAGCAGUGGUGCCAAUUUGAGUGAAUCUAAAGCACGGACAACUACAUGGCAUGUUGAUCCUGAUAUUGACGAUCCUACCACAAAUUGUUCUACAGUAAAUACACAUAAUUCAGCUUUAACUGAAGGAAUGAAACUAGUAGCUAACGCUGCUAAAAGAGUAUGGGAAGAAUUGUAUGUAUGUAAGAAACCUGCACUUGAAGAUAUUUUCCGCACUCAGCUCAAUAAUAUCAACAGCUCCACUAAAACAUUCUCCACACCUGACUUAAAUACUGUUAGACUAUUAAUACAGGAAGCAGCAUCUAAAAUCUGGGUAACGUAUGCUGAGAAUGAAAGAAGAUCACCAUUUACUAAUUCUGAUAAAUUACAGACACAAAUACAAUCGAAACUACAGAAAGUAGGAAGUGGUGUAUUAAGGUUAGCCAGCAGACGGUCAAAGAGGGAAAUUCCCACUAAACAAUCUCCAGCUACUACUGUUCAUUAUAAUUUUUUCCAUUCAUGGACUGUAAGUCAUGUGACAUUAGUGAAGGAUGUUGUCAACUUUCAACAUAAACAGUACCAACAGAGUCAGAUACAUUUAGAGAAAUAUUUGGUAGAAGAAUGGUCGACAAUGGAACACGAGUUAUUAAGAGUAAGAGGUUUAUGGGGACCACAGCAUGGUUGUCGAUUAGACAAGUAUUUAUUAGAUAUGACAGAAGGUCCAAGUAGAAUGAGGAAGAAGAUGAUAUUAAAUGAUAUGUUUUAUGUUCACUACCCGUAUAGACCAGAUUUAGAGGACAGUCCACUACGUUAUAAAGUAGCUAUAAGUUUUGAUAGUAAAGAAUAUUGUGAUCAGUAUAGACCAUGUGGUAUAUUAACUGUACAGAAACUACCUAUAAUACGAGAUGAUAACGUUGAUUUAUUAACAGCUGAUCCAGAAAAUGGAAUGGGAUCACCUGAAGUUGAUAUUAUGAAAAUGCCGAAGUUUAUAUCUAAAUCUGGUGUUGAUGAUGAGGAUCAAGAUGAUAAUACCAAUACAGAAGAAGAUAAAACAGAUGGACAGACAGAAAAUCAACACGAAGAUCAGGCGACUAAAAGCAGGGGAGAUAAUCAAGCAAUACUAAGAUUAUUGGGAGAAGGAGAAAAGAUCAGUCACAUGUUCAGAUGUGCUAGAAUUCAAGGUUUAGAUACAGCAGAAGGUCUCUUACUUUUUGGUAAAGAUCAUUUUUAUGUAGUUGAUGGAUUUACACUUCUAAAAACUAGAGAGAUACGAGACAUUGACAGUUUACCUGAAGGUUACCAUGAUCCCAUUAUACCUAAAUCAUCCAUGAGUACUGGUGGAGCCUUGAAGAGAAUGUUUAGUAAGUUUGAAUAUGAUGAAGUAGGUGAAGUACAUAAAAGAAGAUAUUUAUUACAACCUAUUGCUAUAGAAGUUUUCUCUACUGAUGGUAGAAAUUAUCUCUUAGCAUUCCCUAGAAAAACAAGAAACAAGGUUUACAGCAAGUUUAUGUCUGUUGGUACAGCUAUAACUGAUAAUGCACAACAAUCAGUAUCUGGUCAGAAACAAAAUGUCAAGGUAGAAUCUGGUGGAGGAAUAAUCAGUAGUUUGAUUGGUGAGAAAUCUGUUACACAGAGAUGGGAGAGAGGAGAAAUAAACAACUUCCAGUAUUUAAUGCAUCUAAAUACUCUUGCUGGUAGAUGUUAUAAUGAUUUGAUGCAAUAUCCUGUCUUUCCUUGGAUUCUAGCAGAUUAUGACGCACAGGAAUUGGAUCUUAGUAAUCCCGCUACAUUUCGUGAUUUAUCUAAACCAAUGGGUGCUCAGACCCCAGAUAGAUUAAAACAGUUUGAGAAACGAUACAAUGAAUGGGAUGACCCACAAGGUGAAACUCCACCAUAUCAUUAUGGAACACAUUACUCAUCCGCUAUGAUAGUUGCUUCUUAUCUUGUUAGAAUGGAACCAUUUACGCAACACUUCUUAAAACUACAGGGAGGCCAUUUUGAUUUAGCUGAUCGUAUGUUUCAUAGUAUACGUGAAAACUGGUUAUCAGCAUCGAAACACAAUAUGGCAGAUGUAAAGGAAUUGAUUCCUGAAUUCUUUUAUCUACCAGACUUUCUUCUAAAUUCUAAUAGCUUUGAUUUAGGUUGUAAACAAAGUGGUGUUCCAUUAGGAGAUGUUAUUCUUCCACCUUGGGCCAAAACUGAUCCUAAAGAGUUCAUCAGAGUUCACAGAGAGGCGUUAGAAUGUGAUUAUGUGAGUGCACAUCUACAUGAAUGGAUAGAUCUAAUAUUUGGUUAUAAACAGAGUGGUACACCAGCAGUAGAAGCUGUUAAUGUAUUUCAUCAUCUAUUUUAUGAAGGAAAUGUAGAUAUUUAUUCUAUUGAUGAUCCUCUCAAGAAGAGUGCUACAAUAGGUUUUAUUAACAACUUUGGUCAAAUCGCAAAACAGCUUUUUAGGAAACCUCAUCCCCAGAAGAAAUUAAAUCUUCGUUUAAUAGAUCCAGUUAGUGGAUCAUCUACUACAGAUCGUUUAUUCUUCCAUAAUGUUGAUAACCUCAAACCUUCCAUGCAACCUGUCAAAGAGUUAAAGAGUGCUGUAGGGCAGAUUAUUCACAAUGACAAUAAAACUGUAUUAGCUGUAGAACAGAAUAAAGUUCUGAUUGCACCCAAUUAUGGCAGAUAUCUAGCUUGGGGAUUCUCCGAUCUUAGUGUAAGGAUAGGUAACUACGAAUCCGAGAAAGCGUCUGCUAUAUUUGAAUGUCUAGAUAAUGGUGUCAUACUAUGUGCAGCUUGUCCUAAUACCAAAUUAUUUAUAACUGGUGGAACUAGUUGUGUUGUAAAUGUAUGGGAACAUAUACUAAAAGAAAGGAAGGUAAUAUUAAAACAACCAUUAUAUGGCCAUACAGAACCUGUAACAUGUUUAGCUGCCUCCCAGGCGUAUCAUAUAAUAGUGAGUGGAUCACGAGAUAGAACUUGUAUUGUAUGGGACAUGAGUCGUCUAGUGUUUGUCUGUCAACUACGACGUCAUAUAGCACCUGUGGCAGCUGUCUGUAUCAACGAAAAAACUGGUGAUAUAGCUACAUGCGCUGGUACAUAUUUACAUCUAUGGACUGUAAAUGGUGAAGAAAUAGCAUGUGUUAAUACAUCUACUGGUAGAAACCAACAAAUACUCUGUGUUUGUAUGUCACAGUUAAAAGAAUGGGACAGUCAGAAUGUUAUAAUGACAGGAAGUAGUGAUGGUGUGGUUAGAAUGUGGAGUAUAGAGUUUGUACAGGUACCAGAUGAAAGUAAGAUUAAGCCUAAAGAUGAAGUAGAUGAUAAAGAGAAACAAGAAAAUAAAUUAAAUAGAGCUUUAAGUAUGAGUCCCCCAGUUGCUAUACCUAAGAUAUCACGUCGAGAAUCAUGUGACAGUUACAGUGAACUUAGAUCAGCAACUGAUAUGUUGAGAGAUUUUAAGGACCCAGAUUUUCUGGUUGCUAAAGGUUGUGAAUUAGGGUCGUCUGCUGAGAGUGAAAGUCAUAUAGGUCAGAAGCUGAAGUGUAGUAAAGAGACAGGAUGUAGCCGUGAGGGUAUAGGUCACGAUUUCUCUAGUUUGGAGAGAUUGGAAUCGAACAUGAGUACUGCUAGUAGUACCAGUGAUUUGUAUAAAACUGAUGACGCCAGUACAAAUGGGGAUCUCGAUGAUUAUCUGUUAAAUGGAUAUAAGUCAGAACAAGGUUCGAAUUCUCUGGCUGCUCUCGGUGAAGAUGCCAUGGAUAAAAGUUUUGGAUCCCAGCCCAGCCAAUCAGAACCGUGUCUGGCUGCAGUGGCAUCUGGCACAGAUGGUGUACAGGAAGUUCGUAGCAAGAGUCAUCCAGAUUUGAAAACAUCAGGAGAUUCUGAAACAGACUCAAUUAAAUCCAGUAGUUCAGGAUAUGUUGUGAUAGAAGAAUCAGAGAUAAAAGCCGCCAGUAGUAGACUUAAUGAUCAAUAUAAAGGCAAACAUAAAACCAAGAAUUCACUUAGAGAAGGGUUCAAGUGGCAGAGACAGUUAGUAUUCCGUAGUAAACUGACAAUGCAUACAGCAUUUGAAAGAAAAGAUAAUAAAGAACCAGCAGCAGUUACUGCAUUAGCUGUAUCAAGAGAUCAUAAAACAGUAUUUGUUGGUGAUGCUAAAGGUAGAAUAUUUAAUUGGACAGUAACUGAUCAACCAGGUCGAGUUGUAGCAGAUCAUUGGAUGAAAGAUGAUGGAGUUGACAGCUGUCUAUCAUGUGGUGUCAAGUUCUCAUUCUCUGAACGUAGACAUCAUUGUCGUAAUUGUGGUCAAGUGUUUUGCUCAAGGUGUAGUAGGUAUGAGACAGAAAUUAGAAGAUUACGUAUUGUAAAACCUGUUCGAGUUUGUCAAGCUUGUUUUAAUAUUGUACGAGCUCAACAAGCGGCGGAUGCUUUGACUAAUAAAACCUGAACUGUAUAUGUAGAGUAUAUUGGUAUAUAAUGUGAUAACUGUAUUACUAGUCAUUCUUAGAUAGAAUAUAUUUAUAAUAUAACUAUAAAUAUCAACCAAAUACAUCAUACCCCAUUGUUUAUAGGGACAUUUUGCCAUCAUAUAACAGUUUUCGUUAAGUUAUAAGUGUUAUAGCAUGCUUGAAAGAAAAAAAAUCUACUCCCGUUAGAGAAAAUUCGGAAGGAUUUCCUGUUGUGCCUUUAGUUGUAGCUAGGACCCCUUUGUACAAAGCAAUGCUACAUUCAGUAGAAUUGAAUACACAACAGUAAAAAUAUAAGCAAUUUACUCACACGCUAGUCAUGCAUUUGCUUUGUAUAUUGUGUUCCUUCUAUAUGCUGCUGCUAGUAUGAUAUAUGGCAGAUAGUGGCAUAAGAAAAAUUAUUUGGCAAUAUGUCUCUUUAAGCAGAAAUUGAUGUUAGCAUAAAUUAUUAUUGUGUAAUUUAUAGAUUGUAUAGUUAUCUUCAUUUUAAACGCUAAAGAUACAGAGUAAAUAAUAAACAUUUAUAAUAAUAAUAAUAUCUGGGCAGAAGAGAUACCGCCUUAAUAAUUGAAUCAACAUCUAUAACCUUAAUUUGGUUAGUUAUUGGAAUGUAACAACCAUUCUAAAAUGUUGAGAGAAAUUUGUUAUAACAGUAGAAUUAGACAUCUGCUUCAGGGUCAGUUGUUUAAGAAAGUUUCCAUCUAUUUUUUAUGGCUGACUAAUUGCUUAUGUAGGUCUAAAUACUAUUGACAUUGAUAUGUUCAGUAUGAAAUAUGAAGAAUACCAGUAGUUAUUAAUAUCAGUUCUUGAAUCUCAGUCAAGAGAGAUAAAGUAAUCCCAUUCUAUUUGAAAUCCAUUAUUUGUAUUAAGUAUAAAUGUUUGUAUAUGGUUUUUAUCCUAUGUAUAUAUUAGUAUAAUAAACGGCAUAUAUAAUAAUAGUAUGUAUUGUGUAUAUUGCACUGUGUAUAUAUAAUAUAUAUGAUAGUAUUUAUAUGUAAAAUAGCUCCUUCAAUGUUUUGAUUGCCAAAUAAGUUUUUCAGGUAGAAGUAAUGAAAUAGGGAUUAGAUUAGUGUAACGGUAGUUUUAGUUAGUGGGAAAAAAUAAAUAAAUAAUGACAUAAUAUCUUCACAUAUUAUUAGUAUGAAAGGUAUAUAUAUAAUAUAUUAAAUGUGUGCUUGUUUUUGUUAGUUUAUAUACAGAUGUAAUUGUGUUUUUUUAGUUGCUUGCUUUUAUAAUGAACUAAAUAAAUUAUGAUACGUAUCCAAUAAUAAUAUAUAAAUAGUCACACGAUAUACAAUUAAAUUGUUAAUUUAUAUUCCAAGAAUCAAAUUAAUUAAUAUUAUUUUAUUAUUAUUAUGUAAGUUUAUAUCAAAUGCAGUGUUUAUAAUGUAAUAUCUGAUUUCACUGUUUUCCACUUGCCUGAUUGCCAUUCCAUUGUCGUUUUCCUUAUGUAUACUUGCAUGAGUUACGAAAUACAGUAAAACCCCCAAAAUAUUAGUAAGUGCUAUUAGGUUAUUGAAUAAACACCACCUAGCUUAAACUGUUCAGGAAAAGGGUUUAUAGGAAAUAGUUUUAAAUAAUUAGAUUCCUUCUAGCUAUAUUCAAGGACCAUGUUCACUUCUUACUAUGACUGCCAUCAAAGUUCUAACUUUGCCAACUUUCUUUUAGUCUAGUGGAAAUUAAGGUGUUCCUUUCGAAAGAAGUGUUAGGGGUAGGAAGUGAAUUUUCCUGACACAAUAGUAUUUUUAUUUUCUUUAGCUCAGUGCCUAUUAAUAGUACAUUCCAUUUGGCGAUAAAAUACUAAACAAGUUUAUUAAAUCAUUUUUCAGAUAAAUUUCCUUACUGCAAUCAUGCCAUUUUAGUUACAGAUUUCCUAUUAAAAUAGUGCAUGUUGACAAUAUUUUGAUUCUGUAACUGUAUCAAUUUUUAGAAGCAAUGGAUCUAUUGCUCAACAUAUCAGAAUGUAACAUAACUCACAGAUGUGCUUUGGUUUUUAUCAGGAACAACUUUUCGUGUUUUUUUUCGUAUAUCUAACUAAUAGGUGUUAGAUAGAUAGUUGUUCUUGAUCAGAAUUUAACCAAUAAUGUUUCAUGCAUGUAGUGACGAGAUGUAGUUAUCUUUAGCCUGAUAAUUUCAAUAUUUCAUAAUAAAAUCAAGAACCGAGUCAGGGUAUAUAUUUGUAUUGUUUACUUUGCUCAAUAACAUAAUACUGUUUCUUUCAUUAUUAUUAUUUAUCACCCAAUAAUACAUCCUACAGUAGAUAUCGCUUGUGUGAUAAUUUUCAUAUUCUACUGAAUUUGAUUGGUUAAUUAAAAAGGAUGGAAAGGGUUGGGUGAUAAAUAAAAUCUUCUACUCGUCUUUUUUGAUAUCAAAAAAUAUCAACUUGUCGAUAAAGUAAAAAAUAAAAUAAACCUCGGUAAAACCUCGUUCUUUGUUACAUUAUCAGCUUGUGUUGAUAUUUUCUGAUAUCAAAAAGGACUCGUAGGAGGUUCUCUCUAUAACAAUAAUACUCAUAUUAUAUCAUUCUUUAUUACAACAGUAUUCUAUAACAUUCAGUUACAAUUCUAUUGAGUAGCAAUCUGUUUAAAAUAUUACAAUAUUGUUUUAUUUUUCCUGAUUUCUGUCACAACACUGUUCGGCUAAUCAGUGAACCUUAAACUGAACACAAUCACUUAUAUAGGCUCCUGUGUGGAAUUCCAACAAUUUUGAAUAAAACACAAAGCUUUAAACUUUAAACAAAUACAGGCAGUAUAUAACUGAUUCGUAUAUCACAUUUUCUGAACCAGGAUUUUUAAAUGAAAUAUGUUCUAUGUUGGACAGUAAUAUAAAAAAAACCCACAAAGAUAAUUGACACUAGAUUUUAAUGAAAUUGAGUAUAUUGGGUAUGUUUCUUUCUGGUUGAAUUUGGAAAAUGCGUUUUAAAAUGGGUUUAAGAUACCCAGUUAGUCUGAAUUGGGUGCAUUGUGGUGCAGAAGUCCGACUCUGCAAUUUGUUUCUUUUUUUGUAUUAAUUUCAAUAAAUAGAGAGAAUUUAACAACUAAUCAACUAAAAAAAACCUCUUAUAAGAUGUACUGAUUAAAAACAAAACCCAGUUCCUUGUUAAUAUUGAUAUUUUAUACCUUGACAGGGAUUAUGGACAGACAAAAUAUGUUUUUAAAACCCCACAGCAUUUUAAUUGUGCAAUAUGUAUGUGUCUUUGAUUUGUUAAUAUCAUUUUGUUAUUUUGUAUUAUUUUUUGUAUAUGAAAUAAAUUCACUAAUUUCCACAGUGUUUAGAAUUUAAACACUGUGUACAAGUUGUUAUUUCUGUUUUCUGUUCACAAAAUUAUCUUUGGAGUUUGAUCUGAAUAACUGAAAUCAUUGUCGGUAUUUUGACAAGUGCCCCUGGGACAACUUUAUAUCAAAAUUUGUUGGAAAUUAAAUUGUUUGGUGUACACAAGGUAUUAGGGUAAAUGACCAGCUUUCCUGUACAUAGUGCUUGAUAUAGUGUAUAUCUUGAAAAUUAUUUUUAAACUGCUUUGAAAGGGAAGACAUUUGUUUAGAGACAGAUUUGAAUGCAUUUGUACUGUUGAAGAAAAUAGUGAAUUUGUGAUGUUUGUUAUUUUAAUGGACCAUUUUCUAUAAAUAUUUAUGAUUUCAGGCUUAUUAACUUGCAUUAUAUUAAUUAACAUAGACGGACACAUAGAUAUGUCAUAAUAUAUUUAUAUCAUGCUAAUCACACCAUUCCGAUCUUUGGACUAUUCUACUUAUUGAUGAUCAAUCGUUAUUACUAAUUAAAAGUUAAAAAAUUAAGCCGAUUUAUUUAAAUACAAGUUAUUUAAAAUCAUUCAUCCUAAAAUCAUUGCUAUUAUCUGUGCAUUGCUGGUGUAGUGAUGUUGUAGUAUGUUGUCAUUUAGUUUAAAGAACAAAUAUUGCCACAAAACCAAAUAGUUAAUGAAUUAGACAACACCAUUCAGUUAUGUAAUUAUUUAAUUAUAAAUGUACUGUCACUAUGCAUAAUAUUAGCUUGUUAAUAAAGUCGUUUCACAGAUAA